AGAGUGUUGUGCGUUCGUAGCCACGAAGCCUUCCUAGUGUUCAUACCCAUCACUGCCAUGAUCGUGGUGCCCUCAGGACCCGGUGUGCUCAGUGUUCUGUGUCUCUUGGCCGUGGUUGCUCCCGGAAGUUCCACGUACCCGCAAAACGACGGCUGCCGGUCCGGCGGUUGUAUCACGCAGCAAGGCUGUGUUCCACGGUACAGCCGUUCCAGCACGGCCCUCUACUGUCAGCGGUGCGUCAUCGAACGUUGCCAAACCCAAACGGAGUCCACGAGACCCCGGCAAAUCUGCUAUCACAUCACCUCACUUGCCAGUGGCCAACGGUUGGCAGCGGUGGAGAACUACGACAGUCGGUUGCGCCAGCCUCGGUAUGCCUCGGUCGUGGCCAGCGAUCGAACCGAUGUGCAGGGCCACGACAAAUGGCAUCUAUUUUUGGGGCCCGCCAACGACUACUACAUUCGUAACUUCCGCACGGGCGAGUAUCUGAGGGCGAACGACAACAACUUUGCGUAUCUGGCCCAGGGUCGUCCGACCGAUGAAAGCUUCCUCUUCAAACCACGCCUGGUCCAGGGUGCCUGGACGUGUGUGCUGCUUCAGUCGGUCUGCUACGGUGGCUAUCUCUACGGUGAGCGAUACUCGGCCACCAGCAACUAUGUGCUCCUGACUCCAGAUCUCCAGCGGUGCUACCAGGAAAGCCUGUGGAGCAUUACCUCGGUAUACUGUUGAGUGGUCCCGUUUUUUCGUCGUGUAACUUAAUUGUGUUCAACAAACAU